AUGGCGCCCGCACGCCAACCGCCCCAGCCCUUCUCCAAGGAUGAGAAGGUUCUCUGUUUUCACGGUGAGAUGCUGUAUGAGGCCAAGAUUCUCGAUAUUCAGCCUGCCGAGAGUGGCGAAGGAUUUCAGUAUCGCAUUCACUACAAGGGCUGGAAGAACACCUGGGACGACUGGGUUUCUAUCGAUCGCAUCCGCAAGUUCACAGAGGAGAAUAAGGAGCUUGCUAGCCAGCUGCAUGCCCAGAUGAAGGACCUACGCCAGAAGAGCAGCGCCAAACCCCCCAAGAAGGGCAAUCUUCGUGUCAAUGGGACCGACUCUGCUCGUGGGAGUGAGGAGCGAACUGCAGGUGUUGCUGCCACGGGCCGCGGCCCUCGACGGGCAAGAGAUUUUGACCUCGAGCAGGUGAGUGCCAAA